AUGCAAAUCUACAAAGCGGUUGUCAUCAUGUUCUUGUGCGAAAUAGGUAUCGUUUUAUCAAAUGGCGAGGAGAGUCAGUUGCCGCUCGGUAUUGAAGAAGAGUUCAAUCAAGAACUGCAUCGUCCAAAUGAAUUGAAUUCGAAUCAAGUGCGUUUAAUAAGCGAAUCAAACAACCUUUCCACGGACGGAUAUGAGGUUUAUCCUGGCCAGUUUCCGUACCAUGCAGUAGUCAACAUUAAAAAUGACCGUGAAGCAUCAACCACGGUUACAAGCGGAUCGCUGAUUACACCCAAUUAUAUCCUUACGUGUGCGCUAGGUUUACACAAACAUGAAAACACAUACGGAUUCGUAGAGCUGGGCUACCGAUACCGAGCUGACCGGGAACGGCAGCAAGUAAUCGACUUCACGAGAAGUGGCAUAACCAUACACCCUCAGUUCACCGGUGGAUCGUUGAACAAUAUUGCCACAAUACGCUUGGAGCAUCCGGUGACGCUGAACCGAUAUGUGCAAUCGAUUCGUCUGCCACGAUUGUCCGACACUCGCACCUUCGAGAUGAUGGAGGGAACAGCACCUGGACGCCAAUACAAUGGAACGAUGCGCUAUUUGCGCAAUCAGAUAAUGUCGAACGAUGACUGUCUCAUGAAUACGCAGUUUAUUUGCACGAAUGCUUACAUCGGAGGAGCGUUCUGCAAUCAUAAUGGGGAAGGUAACUUUGCCAUCAGCUCUAAGUUGUAUAUAAGGAACUGGCAAUAG